AAAACCCUAAGCCUGAAAUUAGAAUUCAUCAUUUUUCUCGUCAACCAAACAGAAAAUUUCAGUCCUAAAAACUCGAUUUUCCCCUUUGUUUUCUUAAUUAAAGUAGAAAGUAAAGAGAGAGGGGGGAUUGAGGCCGAUAGUGAGCUUCUUUUAUUUGAUUUAGCAAAGGAUGUCUGCGGCAGUGUGCGGCAGCAAGAGAUCGUUCUUCGAGGAUAUCCCAUCAUCGCCACCGGCUUCUUCCUCUAAGAAGAUCCGGCGCUGCUCGCCGUCAUCUCCUUCUUCUGUUCGCCCGCUAUCUGCCCUCAAUCACCUCCAAGCUCUCUUCCCUCACAUGGACCUCGAGCUUCUGGAGAAAGCGCUACUCGAAUGUGGAAACGAUAUAGACUCUGCUGUCAAGAGGCUGCAGGAACUUUGCUUAGGAGCGCCAGAGGCUAGAGGGGAAAAGACCCAGUGUCCUGUUGAGGAACCGGGCACAACUGCUGAGCAGGGUAUUUCAAUUAAUGAUGGAGAAGCAGCUGCUGCUGUGACCGUUCAGAAUCCACCAGCCUCUGAAAAUCUGCCUGUUGAUGGUGCUGCAUGGGUGGACUUGUUUGUGAGGGAGAUGAUGAGUGCUACAAGUAUGGAUGAUGCCAAAGCCCGUGCCUCGAGACUGCUGGCGGUUUUGGAGAAUUCCAUUAGUAAACGUGCUGCUGAAGAGACAGCACAAAGUUUUCACAAGGAAAAUACCAUGUUAAAGGAACAGAUUGAAGCAUUGGUUCAAGAAAAUACAGUCCUCAAACGUGCUGUGGCUAUCCAACACGAACGACAAAAGGAGUAUCAAGAUAAAAACCAAGAGCUGCAACAUUUGAAGCAAUUGGUUUCUCAGUAUCAGGAGCAGCUUCGGACUUUAGAGGUAAAUAACUACGCAUUGAUAAUGCAUUUGAAACAAGCACACCCUAGCAACUCGAUCCCUGGGCAUUUCAACCCAGAUAUCUUCUAAAGGUAUAAAAGAUGGAGCGUGCGUAGUAGGGAUGAAAUGUUUUAAGCUUUUGUAAGUUUCAGCAUAUAUUUUAGCACAAUGAUGCUUCUUAAUCAGUUUGCUUUUGCUGAUACACUUUCUAAAGAGUCAUGGUGCUUGGUAAUAAGGUGUGUUGGUUUAGAACCUCCUCAGUUUGUUGGAGUACUUUUAGUUUUAUAUCUCAUAGUGAAUCAAUUGAGUUUUCAUGUUAUA